AUGGGUUCUCUUACCUUCCCAUCCCCAUCCCGAGCAGCACCGCAAUCGCCAGAAAAUUCCACGUCGAGGUAUUCUAUUUUUGCCUCAUUUUGUUCGACAAUUGUGACAAGUGAUGCCACUGUCACAAAUUGGAUAGCAUGUUAUGAUCCUUCUAACAACACUUGGAGUUAUGUUACAUCGAUCCCUGAUUUACCCGAAAACCAUGUACUCAAGGACUUCGCUAUGGUCUCAGCCUCAAACUCACUUUAUAUUAUUGGUGGUCGACUCUGUCGAAAAGAGAAAACUCAAAAUGCCCAAUAUGGGAACGAUGAAUUUUUUGAUAGCGACAUUGAUGUGCUAUCAUCGGUGUUACGUUAUGACAUUAAUUCUAAUCAGUGGUCAAAAUGUGCACCACUUAAUGUACCGCGUUACAAUUUUGCAUCUGUUGUUAAGGAAAAUAAGAUUUAUGUAGCUGGAGGGCAGUCAACGUUAGGUAGUGCUAGGGGCACUUCAUCAUCUGAGGUUUAUGAUCCUUUAAUUAAUGAUCAAUGGACAUUAUUGCCUAACAUGAAUAGGUCAAGGUGCAAAUGUGUUGGUGUGACGUGGCAAAGGAAAAUCCACGUGGUUGGUGGAUUUGUACAAGGUGGAGGGUUUUCGCAAUACGUGGACCGUUGUUCAGCUGAGCUGUAUGACAUGUCAAGGGGACAAUGGGACCUUGUGGCAGGGAUGUGGCAAUUGGAUGUGCCAGCUAAUCAAAUUGUAGAGGUAGAUGGUAGGCUAUUUAGCUCUGGGGACUGUCUUAAUGCAUGGAAAGGUCAUAUUGAGGUCUAUGACGGGAAACUUAAUAUAUGGUACAUGGUUGAAGGUUCACAAAAGAAUAUUUUCCCCUUUGAAGAAAAUGGACAACCUAUUCAUCGACUAUACUUAACAAUGGCCUCAGUUGGGACACAUUUGUAUUUCUUGGCAGGUUAUCGGACCGUCGAUGAUCCAUCAAAAACGAUAUCAACUGUAUAUUCAUUUGACACAUCAACAACAGGAGGUGCAUGGAAGAGCUUCGAACCAAUACAAGAGGAAGGAGAAAGAGAGUUAUGUAGUCAUUGUUGUGUUGUCCAACUCUAUUAG